AUGGCUGAUGUUAUUAAACGUGAUAUUGAAAAAAUUGAACGAGCUUUGAAUAUUCGUGUUGAUGACGUUGAAAUUGAAGUUGCAUUAAAUGCUGCAUUUCCACAAGCUAUUUCAACACUAUUCAAUGAAGAACAAAUAAAAAAUGAACAAAUCGACGAACCUCCGAAUUAUUAUGAUCUUGUAGAAAAUUUAAAUAGUAAUCCUCAUCGUAUUGAUCAUUCAUCUCUUCUUACAUUUGCUACAGCACUUAAUUUAUGUUAUCAACGUAAUCUUUUUCAAUUAUCAAAACAUUGUCAAUCUAUUAAUACUUCGAUUAAAUCUAAUCAAUCAAUAAAUGAAAUUCUUCCAAUACAAGUUUUCGAAAUUGAUACAAAUUAUAUUUCAAAUCAUUUAACAACAAAUAAUGAAACAAUACAAAAUAUUCGUCGAAUGAUGCAACGUGAAGAAAAAGCACGUUUAAGUUCAAAUGAAACAAUUGAAAAAUUAAUUGAUAGUGUUGCACGAAAUAUUCGUGAAAAUAAAGAACAUGAAUUAAUUCGAAGUGAAGAACUUCAAAUUGCUAAAAAAAUGCUUGAUGAUUUACGAACUUUAUCCAAUCGAGAACUAAUUCAAGAAGAAAAUGUAGAUAGAUCUAUUGAUUGGACAAAUAUAUGUGAAAUAUUGAUGAAUAAUCAAUAUACAGAACAACGUUGUCAGCAUGCUUGGCAACAACUUUGCUUACCAGUUAUUAGUUGUAAUCAAAAUUGGUCUUUGGAAGAGGAUCAAUUGCUGAUAAAUACAGUUCAAAUAUAUGGUGCACAUGCUGAUCAAUGGAAAGUCAUUGCUUUUAAUUUUCCUCAACGUUCACCAUAUAUGUGUGCAAAUCGUUAUAUGUUUUUGGAGAAUACUCGUUUGAAUAAGAUAAAGUUUUCAAAAGAACAAAUCAAUGAAUUAAAACAAGUUAUUAAAGAGUAUCGUCAUGAAAAUUAUAUUCCAUUAAAUAAAAUUGCUUAUAAAAUGGGCUGCAGUCUAUCGACAGUACGCCGUGAAUGGCGUAAUAUUGAUCCAGAUGUUCGACGAGGACCAUGGCAAGUAGACGAAGACGAAGCUCUUCUUAGAAGUGUAUUAAAACAAUCGAAUCGUGGAACAAUCAAUUGGAAUUUAGUUGCAUGUGAUGUACUUGGUCGUUCACAAACAAAAUGUUAUCACCGAUAUAUUCAUUUAACAAGAAAAAAUAUCAGAGCAGAAUUUGAAUCUAAAGAAGAUCAAUUAUUAAUUGAACAACAUCAACUUAAAAAUGGUACUUAG